GCGCAAAGACGGGUCCGCGUUUGUGAGGGAUACGGAUGAAAGGCUCAUGUUGGUGACUAAAAUGAAUGUUUGCUAUUCGACGCGCCAGCGCACUGUUUGCCUCAUCACCUCGCGCCCAUACGACAUGUCGCCCCACAGCUACUUCGCUAGGAACUCUAGUAUGUGGACAUCAUUUCCUGCAAUGCCAAAGCCGAGAUCUUUGCACCCAUUGUUGUCGGCUGUGAUUUGAGGCAGAGGCUGUCUUGGAGCGCUCGCCAGCUCAUGGUCGAUAAGUUUGUGCAAGCCCCGUGUUCGGCCUCUUCUGUGGCGUAAUGCUUUAUACACCCAGUCCCUCGUACUUAUAUCUAUGCAAUCAAUUUCCGGAUUACCUUGGGAGACAAAAGACCUACGUUAUGGACCAUUCGAAUGCGCGGUCGAAUGCGGGGCUUUCCACCAGUCCAGUCGCAAGCCAAAGACCUCAGAAUCGUGUGGAAGAACGACAUGGAUAUCUUCGAAAGACUUCUCCACGAGCCCAUGAAAUCGGAGAAGAAAGAAGUCCAGCCAUGCCGCGAGUCGAAGGAUCGGCUUCGCGAGAUCUACCGGCUAUCUCGCAAUCGAUACCCCAGGGCGCGAGAGAUGUGGUACAAGCAAUCGCAACUUCGGGCACUAUAAACAUCAUGCGUUGUUCAUGUACGCAUGAUAUCGCACCGCACUCCUACAACUUUGAGAGUGCGCUCCGAUUAGGCUACGAGCUUGGUGUUUACCAAACUCGGCACUUCGGGCCUCGAACUUGCGGAUCGAUGAUAGGCCAUUCGGAGCCACCGCAAAGAACGAAAGGAAGCUGUCUGGGGCGCUUCUUCAACCGAUUUCGCCGACGGAAUAGGAACGGCAUUUCGCAAGCGAUUGAACCCAUGAGGAGCCAGAACCGCAUAACUCAGUGCUCUGCCCCGGAGCCUCUACCAUCGCGUGAGGAGGACCUGAGUAGAGUGCAACAGCUACCCUCACCGACAACACCGGCCUUUUAUACCCGAGCACCAGAUAUCCGCGUAUCUAGCAAUGGCUAUGCACAUCGUCGAAGCCGGACCAGAAGUUCACCAUCUUCUCUACCGCACCCGCUGGCACCUGACGCGCAUCAAGACAACGGAGGUGUAGCAGGAGCGACCGAGUUUGCUCAUAUGUUUCGCGAACCAAGCUUGUGCGACGUCGCAUCUCCGGCCACGGAAUAUGUCGUCGAGUGCAAUUCUCUCUGCAGAUCAUCUGCAGCGUCGCCGUUAUCAGAACGCCUGAACCUGACUCCGCCAGGGCAAUCAAGACGCCAUGAAGAUUCAAGCGAUAUGCUAUCACAAAGGAGUCAAGCAGGCCAGCGCGUACCAGUUACAGAGCACGACACCCAGCAAACUCCCGCCCUUUUUUCCGCAUCACUGGCAUCUGCUUCGGCGGCACCAUCCAAUUUGGAGCGGCCUAGCCGAACACCAUCGCAGCGCAGCAUGGUCUCGCGCCAUUCAAAGCGUGCCAACCCGCCACGCGUCCGGUCAAAACCGCCCUUUUUGGCGGGAAGAGAAACCAGCAUGGCCUCUUCUGAGCCGCUAGACACUGACCAACCGACUCCUCGGCUAAGAAAUACCGUCCAGGAUGGCGAGGACAAACGCCUCUCUCUACGCACUACUUCCACGGAAAAGAUAGGCAGACACUUGGACCAGAGAUAUUUGGAAUCCAACAAGAGGGCCAAAGGAAUCAUGGCUCAGGACGCUAGUACUUCUGCUCAGCGCCGGGGGGCACUCGACAUGUCUACGAUAAAAUGCUAGGAUAGCGGCCGUAACGCACUGAGACGGACCCGAGUUGGACUUGAACAUGAAUUGGACCUGAACACGAGCCGGUUCUCCUCCCUACUCUUCCCUCCGUUGUGUAACCAGUCGCUGAU